AUCAAAAUUGGGAAGGACGCUGUCACACUUGACCAGAAGAGCUCCAAUCCUAUUCACAGGAAAAUGACAAAAAGUUGGAAUCCUGGCAAGACUCAAGGCAUAUAAAAGGCUUUUGCAAGGCUGCAAAGAAGGUGCAGUAGAAGUUUUUGCAAAUAGUUCAAGUGGUGCUGACCUGCUUGUACUUUGAGCAAUGUGACCAGUCACUGCUCACUUAAAUAUAGUAACAGCGCACACAGCCGCUCACUCUCAUCACAAGACAACACGGUGCUAACAUAGCCGAGAUUAACGUUUGAAGCGAUUUCACAGGUGAAUAUGAGAUUUGAGUUAGAAAGAGUAUCCAGAACAACACUCGGUCGGACAAGCCAACUCACUCUCAAAAGCUCAACUACUUUCAUCUUCAAAAGGUCACAAGGAGACGACGUGGCAACCAAAGUGUGGAUUUGAAAUCAUUAAUGAUGAAGGACGAGGACGAAGAGGACGCAGCCAUGCAGUACAUGAUUCAACAAAGUCUGCUGGAAGCUAACAAACACAAGCAAGACUGCACAAGUCCCACAUCAACACACAACUCAAAGGGUGCAGACAGCAUGUCCAUAUUCACCGCCAUCAGGCAAGGGCGUGAGAAGCUGGUGGAGGAUCUGAGCGUCAACCACAAAGAGGUCUUCCUCCAGACGGACAGCCGAGGAUGGACGCCCCUCCACGAGGCUUCUGUCCAGAGCAGCCGAGCCAUCCUGGAGCUCACCUACGCAGCGUCAGGUGACGACGCGGCAGAUCAUCAAACAGCGCGUGGCGAGACGCCGCUCUUCCUGGCCGUGGAGCGAGGCCUCGUGGACAACGCCGACUUCCUCCUCGGCCACGGGGCACGGCCUGACACGCAGAACCGAGACCAGGACUCGCCGCUGCUCAUAGCUGUGCGUUCGGGUUGCACGGACCUGGCCCGCCGGCUACUCCAGAGGGGCGCGGCCGUCAACCAGGAGAGCCAACACAACCGGCGGCCCCUCCAUGAGGCCUCGCGGCUGGGUGACGCGGAGAUGGCCAGCCUGCUGCUGGAAGCCGGGGCCGCACUGGACGCGCGCAGCCGCUUCGGUCUCACGCCGUUGGCUCUGGCCGCUCAGGCGGGACAUCUGCAGGUGAUGGAACUGCUCCUCAGGAAAGGAGCAGACGUGCUGUCCCAGGCUCAGGACGAGGCGUCGGUGCUGUACGAGGCGUGCGCCGGUGACAACGUGUCGGCCUUGGAGCUUCUGCUGGAAUACGGCGCCGACGCCAACGUGGCCAAGCAGAGCGGCCACCUGCCCAUCCACCGCGCCGCGCACAGGGGCCACCUGCAAGCUCUGAUGCUGCUGAUUCCAGUAACUUCCAUGGAAGACAUUAACAACAGUGGCAUGAGCCCUCUACACUCUGCGGCUGCUGGGGGACACCCGCGCUGCAUCAAGGCCCUGCUGGACAGGGGUUUCGACCCCAACUACAUGUUGCAUCCGUGCGUGCGUCGCGGCUACGACGACGAGAGGAAGUCGGCGCUUUUCUUCGCCGUGUCCAAUAACGACGUCGCGUCAGUACGUCUCCUGCUGGAGGCUGGCGCCGUGACUAAUCAGGACCCCGUCAAGUGUCUGCAGGUGGCUUUGCGUCUUGGCAACUACGAGUUGCUCAAAAUGUUGCUGCGGUACGGCGCCAACGUCAACUUUUACUCCAGAAUCAACACCACGCACUUCCCCUCGGCCUUGCAGUACGCGCUCAACGAUGAGGUGGUUGUGAGGAUGCUGUGUAACUAUGGCUACCACGUGGAGCGUUGCUUCGAGUGUCCCUAUGGCAACGGGUCGCACGUGCCCGAUGACUACGAAGGCUGGACCGACACUGUCAUUAAAGACACUAUGUUCUGCGAGGUGAUCACCUUGUCGUGGUUGAGGCACCUGUCUGGUCACGUGGUCCGGGUUCUGCUGGACUACGUGGAUCACGUCAACAUGUGCAGCAAACUGAAGGCGGCCGUCAUGGAGCAGCAGCAGUGGGGCGACAUUUGCAGGCUGCAAGAAAACGCUCGCUGCCUGCAGCAUCUUUGCCGCCUGCGCAUCCGCCGCUGCCUGGGCCGGCUGCGUCUGCGCUCGCCCGUCUUCAUGAGCUUCCUGCCUCUGCCCACGUCGCUCAAGAACUACAUCCUGUACCGCGAGUACGACCUGCACGGCCAACUCAACAAUGAACGCACAUCCUCAUGACUCAUCCAUUUGCUGCAAACCACACAGUCACACGUUUCCAUCGUGUCAAUCUUGUCAAGCAUGUGAUCAAGUCAUGAAACCCCAAAAUAGUGUCGCAUUUGAGCAUCAUCAGGUCAAAACUCAAAUGUACAACAAAAUACAGCAAACUACACUGCAAAUGAAAAGUCAUCGUGAUACUUCAACUCAAAGUAAUGACAAAACGUUUUUCCUUUCAGACCUCUCAUAUGAAGCACAAUUCAAAUUUUGAUACUGACAUGACUUUUUACCUUAAGAAAAUACAACAGGAAGCCAAAACCA